GGAAAAGAGAGGCGCAUGCUGAAAAUAAGAAGUUGGCGUAGAGGCACACAACCCAUGUGGCAAAGGUGGCCCUCCCUUUCCUUUGUUCAAGCAACGCUAACCAAAAAUAUGCAUAAAUACAUCACUAUUCUUGUUACGCUUUCAUUACCUUGUUUACAUUGGGAGGUAUAAAUCCUGCACCCAUUGAGAGGAGGAUAAUAGGGUUAUUAAUAUAAAUCAAACAACUUGCAUUGAACAGGAAAAUAUUGAUUUUUUCCUGAUUGAAUGAAAACUUAAUUGAUGAUAUUGAAAACCAUAGCAAAAUAUUGAAUUUCUUUUGUGGGUUUUCAUUUUUGUGUCCAAAUUUCUGUUGGGUUUUCCCCUUUUUCCUCUUUUACCAUUCAAUUCUUUGAUCAGUCAAUCUGCUGGACCAGGCACUACUCUGUAGAAUGACUUACUCUUUUGUCACUGCACACUGCGGCAAGGAGGAAAUGCAAAUUGUGAAUUGUUCUAUUAUCUCGAUCUUGAACAAUGAAAUGCGAUCGAUAGAAGAAGGUGCGUUUGGAAUGUUGAUACCUUUGGUUGAUAGAUAACAAGAUGCUGCGAUGGUAGUUUGAUAGUAUUACAGAUGUAUGGAAGUCAAGGAGCAACGAACAUUAGUGCUCUACUCUUGUGUUUAGUUAAUUUGACAAGAGAGUGAUUUUAGUUAGUUUGGAAAAGGGUGCCAUUUUCAAAGUCAAGCAAGAAAGAUAGAACACAUUUAGGUUAGAGUCAAAAAGUAGAUUACAUUAGAGUAAGGCCCAUCCUUGUAUUUGUCGAGUACCGUAGUCUGCUAAUUUUCGGGAUGGGCUUGCCUCAAGUGACAACUAGUAUUAUUUCUGAGGAAGUUGCAGCAUCGCUCAGCACAUGGGUACAGCCUUCCCAUAGGCUGUCCGGUCUUAACACUUUUGAUGAUAUGAAUGGAGUACAUGGUAUGUAUAUGAGCAACUCCAUACCGGGAAGUUUUCCGUGUGCUUCUUUUGGAGAUUUUCAGGAGAGCCCGAUUGUGGAUUUUCCAAAAGAAGCAGACUACACUACUGUGCAUAGAGGUUCUACAUCUGAUAUGUUUCGUUUGAAGAUUGGCCACACAGAUCAGAAUAGCUGUUUUAACAAUAAAAACGAACGAACUAUCCACAGCCCUCUUAAGAGGGUUGUUGGUUUUGAAUCGAAGGUAUUAGACACUUCUCAGAGUGUAAUUGAGUGUAGUCAGACUGAUAGUGUCCCACCUAUGACUGUUGCGAGGAAUAAUAUUAAUGCAGUUGCUGGAAAGGGAACUUCUGCGAGAAAGAGGUUACUGUCUCCAUUAAAUUCUAUGUUAUGCUCGGACAAAUUCAAUGGGGAUUCAUUGUGCAUUGAUGAUAAUGCUUGUCAAAGAAAUUCACAAGAUGGUGGUGGGAAUUCCGGUAUAUUAUUGACACACGAGCAUAAGAAAGCUCAUAUAGUUAGCUCGAGAAGUAUAGAUACUUCGUUUUGGUGUCCAUCGCUGUUGGUAGGAAGUACUUCACCUAAUGAUAGUUUUGGGGACAAGCAGCAGGGACGUCAUAACUCUUAUUUACCUUUGAAAGUACCAGUUUCAGCUUCUACACCGACAGUGGUGUCAUCUCCAUUAUCGUUGUCCCCACUGGGUCCAAAAUUUCAUGAGACAAGGCUAACCACACCUGAUACCAAGAAAGAUUCCAUUGUUGAAUACAUAAGCUUGAAGGAUGUUGAGAACUCACUUGGUGGGUUUGCCCCUCACAUUUUCUCCUCCAAAAAUGAAGGUAUGACCAUGGAAGGGGAUAAUUCAUUAAAUGAUGGGGAUUAUCAGUUUACUCCUAAAAAGUCUGCUGCUAUUAUCCAGUCCUGGAGUCAUGAUUCAACUCCUGGUUCUCCAAAUGCAAAAAGGACUUUGACUGGCUUGCCCGUCAGAAGGUCGUUGGUUGGCUCCUUUGAGGAAUCCCUCUUGUCUGGUCGAUUGGCUUCAACGUAUGCUAGUAAGAGAAUUGAUGGCUUCCUUGCCGUACUCAGCAUAAGUGGAGGAAGUUUUUCACCAAAGGCAAAAAAGCUUCCUUUUGCGGUUACUAGUGUGGAUGGAGGGAAUUACUUGCUUUAUUAUUCUUCAAUAGACCUUGCUGGGCAUCUGCCAUCUGGAAAGCUCGGGAAAUCGGAAAUAAAAAGAAGUCUUAGUCUAAACGAUUCACCAUCUGAACAUAGUCGAUUCCGUAUACCUAUGAAGGGGCGAAUUCAACUGGUUCUUAGCAACCCAGAAAAAACACCUGUUCAUACCUUUCUUUGCAAUUAUGAUUUAAGCGAUAUGCCACCCGGUACAAAGACAUUUCUCCGCCAAAAGACAGCUCUCGCCUCAUUUCAGGCUUCUCCCAGAAAGAGAGGAUGUCAUAGGGUGGUAGAUGACGCUAAACCUUCAAUGGUGCAAAACCAUUCAAACGAAAUGACAAUCGUAAACUUUUCAAACCAGAGAAUGAAAAUGUUGGAUACUGAAGGUCUUUGUCACGAUGGUUAUCCUUCUGUCGAAUCCGAUCAUAUUCUGGAAUCCUGUUUGUCCGAAUUCAACACUUCCGGUGCUCAAGGAAGUGAUGAGGUAUCGGAUACUGGUCACAUGACCGGAAAAAUGUCACUCGGUCCUUUAAAGGUUAAUGAAAGUUCGAAUGGCAAUGGUGUUUUGCGCUAUGCUCUUCAUAUGCGAUUCGUGUGUCCUCAUCCUAAAAGAAUGUCAAGGUCUGUCCAAAGGUGCAAAUCCGAUCCUUCAUCUGCCCCUGAAGUUAAAAACGCAAAAACAGAAGCAGAACGAAGAUUUUAUUUGUAUAAUGACUUAAAGGUGGUGUUUCCUCAACGCCAUUCAGAUUCGGAUGAAGGCAAGUUGAAUGUUGAAUACCAUUUCCCAUCAGAUCCAAAAUACUUCGACAUCAGCAAGUAACAACCUCGAAAAACGUCAUUGUCUUGUACAUAAACUCACUUUGUACAUUCCUACUCCUUACAUUCUAAUUUCUACAGCAGAUCGAUGUAUUUUGCUACAUCUGUACAGAUCUUUCAUUUUCAAUAUUCGUUUAUUUGUGCAGUUAGUUCUUCGGUUUUUAUACCCAUUCCCCCCCUCCGAUUGAAAAAGUGCGAUGUUCGAUCUAUGGACGUCUUGAGCAAUAGAUGAUUCGGCUUCUAUGUCCACAUUUUGCUGGUCUAACAAUAUAUCAACCUUGAAAAGUUGUCUGAUCUUCAAGUUUAUGGAUGACCUGUUGUUUAUAACAAGAAAUUACAUGUAUUUUACUAUUGUGUUCACAUUUUCAGUCUGUAGGACUGUUCUGUGACUUGUGUUAGAAAAAAUUAAGUUGGGAUAAAGGUCAAUAAGUUUGGAUAAUCAAAAUAAAAAUUUGUCGAAAAUAAUCUAACUUUCACUCAUUUGCUGCGAAUAAUCUCACUUUUCAAUUUUCUAAUGAUUCAACUGUUGCUAUGCUUUUCCUCCUAAUAUACCCAAUGACCUAAACCACUAUAAUCUCGCCUCCUGAACCACCACAAUCUCACCUCUCUCCUAGCGCACAGGGUAUACUAAGAAUAAAUACAUAUUAAAGAUGAGAUUAUUAGAAAAUAAUCAAUAGGUGAGAAUAUUCACAAUGGAUGAGUAAAAAAUUGAAUUAUUUUCGACAAUUUUUUCUAAACAAAAAAUAAGGUCUUUUGAAGUCAAAAGUGAAUUUGUAUACAUAAUCAACACAUUAACGAUACUCUCGAUUUUUGGUUCGACGUGAGUUGAUGAUCCGAAGAAUUUACAUCAAAUAUGUACCCUAAAAAUAG